AUGACCAGCAAGAAAACCCACACCGAAGAUCCGACGACAGAAGGAGGGCCAUCGCAAAACCCCCAGCAACCCCAACCAGCACUGCCGCCACAGGUGCCGGUGAUGAUCCAGUUAGACGCCUUGGCGGCGUAUCUCAGACAACAAGACCCAAACAGAGACUGGACGGAAACUUUGGCAGACCCUGGUCCAAUAGAAGAGGAGAAAGCCGAUCAGGAGCCCGACGAGAGGGCCGACGAGAACGAAAAGAAUGACAAAGCGACAGGGACGCCUGUUACAGGAACCAUGACCCAAGAAGAAAGGGAGGAGGAAGAUCUGAACAAGACGGCCAGGAAGCAGGGGUUGAUGACUGACGAGGAAUUUCAGGCGGUUAUGGGCGGGGUAGAAGGCAUGGAAGUGGAUACUGAUGAGAUGGCUGAGGGUCUGGACCUCGCAUCUCAGGUAGAAGGGGAAGGAGAAGUAUCGGGAGUGGGGAAGGAAUCGGGAGGUGUUACCCAACAGCCAGUAGGAGAGGUGGAAGAGAAAGAACCUAGGAAAGGGGAACAAAUGGGGGAGGAAGCGGUAGAAAGACAAUUCGAACAGGAGGUCCACCAGCCAGAAGACACGGUGGAAGAAGAAAGGCGGGAAGAGACAGAAAAGAAGAUUGAGGCACAAUCGGAGGAGCCGGGGACAACAGCACCAGAGGUUCUGAAGCCAAAGGCAGUCAAGAGGAAGUUGGUGUUGAAGCAGGAAGCCAAGGUAGGAGGGAAGAAACCGACAAGGGUCUCACAAAGAUGCUUGGGCAAGUGGACGUCCGGCAAGGCCAAGGCAGACACGGCAGAAGAAGCAGUAGAGGUGUCAAGUGGAAGUGAGAAAACUACUCCUACAAAACCUGGGGAGGGGCCUUCUCAAACUAGCCAAGAGGGCAGCCCAAUAGCAACAAGGACGGUUCCACCAACAUCAACUGGCCAAGAAACUGACAGGGUGGCUGAGGGAAUCAUAUACAUUGUGUGA